AUGUUUGACAACGACCUUGGGCUCGGAGAUGGCGCGCAGGGGGGAAGCGGCCUGGGAGGUGGCGCGCAGGGGGGAAGCGGGCUGGGAGGUGGCGCGCAGGGGGGAAGCGGGCUGGGAGGUGGCGCGCAGGGGGGAAGCGGCCUGGGAGGUGGCGCGCAGGGGGGAAGCGGGCUGGGAGGUGGCACGCAGGGGGGAAGCGGGCUGGGAGGUGGCGCGCAGGGGGGAAGUGGGCUGGGAGGUGACGCGCAGGGGGGAAGCGGCCUCGAAGGUACUGCGCAGAGGGGAAGCGGCCUGGGAGGUGGCGCGCAGAGGGGAAGCGGGCUGGGAGGUGGCGCGCAGGGAGGAAGCGGCCUGGGAGGUGGCGCGCAGGGGGGAAGCGGCAUGGGAGGUGGCGCGCAGGGGGGAAGCGGGCUGGGAGGUGGCGCGCAGGGGGGAAGCGGCCUCGAAGGUACCGCGCAGUGGGGAAGUGGCCUGGGAGGUGGCGCGCAGGGGGGAAGCGGCCUGGGAGGUGGCGCGCAGGGGGGAAGCGGGCUGGGAGGUGGCGCGCAGGGAGGAAGCGGCAUGGGAUGGCGCCACCUGCUGCCACGCCAUGGGGUCAUGCAGCACGCAGCAGCAUUGGCGGCGAGAGCAGGGGUGGUGAGAGCAGGGGCGGCGAGAGUGGACAUUGAGGGCAAGAGGUGUGGGGAUGGAGCGGAGGGGGUGCAGUGGGGAUGGAGCGGAGGGGGUGCAGUGGCGAUGGAGCGGAGGGGGUGCAGUGGCGAUGGAGCGGAGGGGGUGCAGUGGCGAUGGAGCGGAGGGGGUGCAGUGGGGAUGGAGCGGAGGGGGUGCAGUGGGGAUGGAGCGGAGGGGGUGCAGUGGGGAUGGAGCGGAGGGGGUGCAGUGGGGAUGGAGCGGAGGGGGUGCAGUGGCGAUGGAGCGGAGGGGGUGCAGUGGCGAUGGAGCGGAGGGGGUGCAGUGGCGAUGGAGCGGAGGGGGUGCAGUAGGGAUGGAGUGGAGGGGGUGCAGUGGGGAUGGAGCGGAGGGGGUGCAGUGGCGAUGGAGCGGAGGGGGUGCAGUGGCGAUGGAGCGGAGGGGGUGCAGUGGCGAUGGAGCGGAGGGGGUGCAGUGGGGAUGGAGCGGAGGGGGUGCAGUGGGGAUGGAGCGGAGGGGGUGCAGUGGCGAUGGAGCGGAGGGGGUGCAGUGGCGAUGGAGCGGAGGGGGUGCAGUGGGGAUGGAGCGGAGGGGGUGCAGUGGCGAUGGAGCGGAGGGGGUGCAGUGGCGAUGGAGCGGAGGGGAUGCAGUGGCGAUGGAGCGGAGGGGGUGCAGUGGCGAUGGAGCGGAGGGGGUGCAGUGGGGAUGGAGCGGCGGGGGUGCAGUGGCGCGGGCAGCAGAGGCGACGGUGGCGUGGAGGGGAGGUUUCAUGGAGGCAUGGGCGGAGGAGGCGAGGUGAUGGAGGGGAGAUGGCGCACUGGCGUGGGAGGUAGAGACAGUGGCGAAUGGAAUGGAGGGGUGGGAAUGGGGGGCAGGCGACACGGAAGGGGUGCGGAGGAGAGGGGGGCGAGGGGAAGCAGCAGCAACGGGAGGGAGAGGCGAGGGGAAGCAGCAGCAGGAGUGAGGGUGCGGGGAGGCGGUGUGAGUGGAGGAGGGGUGGCAGGAGGAGGGGUGGCAGGAGGAGCGGGUUCAAAGGGAGUGCGCAUUCGAUGGUGGGUGAGAGAGGGGUGGUGA